AUGGAUUUUACCCAAGUCCAUGCCCAACUGGCCCAAGCGCGAGCCGGGUUGGUAGACUACAUCUCGCGGCUUCCCGAACAAGAGCCGCGAGUAUUGACAUGGAACAUUGUCUCCGCCGCCAGCGUUGCGCUUCUGGUGUAUUGGACGGGUUUGAUCAUUUACCGUCUAACUCUGCACCCCCUCGCACGCUUCCCGGGUCCCUUUCUGUGCCGGAUCAGCGAUCUCCAGCAAUGCUACUAUGAAGCGAUUUUGAACGGGAAGUUCAUUGAGCAGCUGCCAAAAUACCACCGCAAAUAUGGCCCUAUUGUCAGAAUCAACCCAAAUGAAGUCCACAUCGACGACCCAGCCGUCUUCCAUGAGAUCUACAAGCAAAACACGCCGUUUACCAAGGACCCCAAGUCCUAUGGGCUGGGCGUCUCACAGGCCAUGGCCUUCACCAGCCCCGUGGAGAAGCACAGAGUGAAGAGGCAAGCCCUUGACCCAGCCUUUUCCAAGCGACGCGUCAACAUGAUGGAAGACGGUCUUUACGAAGAGCUCGAAAAGGUGUUUGAUCGGAUAGACGGCUACGAGAAGAGGGACGAGGAGGUGCCCAUCUCCGAGCUGUACUAUUGCUACACGGGCGACAUUAUUUCUCGGUACCUCUUUGGCAAGAGCCUGGGUCUAAUCUCGGCCCCCGACUUCCUCGAGCGUGCGGAGCAGAUGCGUUCCUUCACCAGAGGCGUCUGGAUUUCAAUCCACUUCCAGUUUAUCCGGGACACAAUGCUGGCUAUGCCGCGAUGGAUCACGUCUUUUCUCAACGACGCGUGGGUGAAGGUCCUCUGGUUUUGCGAGGACCUCGCCAAGAAUGCCAUCGCCAACUUCGACGCGGCGGAAUCCUCCGAGAAGCUGUCCAAGCCCGGCCAGGAGACCAUUUUCGACCGUCUCCUUAGCGACAAUGACCGCCGCCGGCAAAAGGGCCAGGAGGCGCACCCCCUGACCUUCCGCGAACUGGCGGAUGAGAGUGUCGCCAUCCUCAACGCGGGCACGGAGCCGACGGCAACCAUGAUGGUCUACGCGACAUACUUUUUCCUCCGAUACCCCGAGGUGCAGGAGCGGAUCCUCAAGGAGUUGAGCACAGUGCAACGCGACGAAAAAGGGCGGCUGCCGCUUGUCAAAGUGGAGUCGUUGCCAUACUUUACUGGUUUCGUGCGAGAGACUCUUCGUUAUGUACCUCUUGUCCCCGGCCGUCUGCCGCGCGUUGUUCCCAAGGGCGGACUCUACGUGCCUGCCGCGAGAGACACAAUCCCCGAAGGCGCUGUCGUUGGCAUAGACCACAUGCCUCUGCACUGGAACCAGGAUAUCUUUGAGCGUCCGAGCGAGUUCGAUCCCGGGCGCUGGCUAGGCGAAGCCGGCAAGGAGCUCAACCAUUGGCUGUUGUCCUUUUCUAAGGGCAGGACUGAUUGCAUUGGAAAAAAUCUUGCCUAUGCCGAGAUGCACCUCGUUCUGGCGAAUCUCUUCUCUCGGUACCAGUUGGAGUUGACCCCCGGCAGCGACGAGGCCAUGGUAUGGCUCGAUCGGGUCAUUGUCCAUCCCGCGAAGAACUUGCGCAUCAAGGUCAGGGCAAGGAACCUCGAAGCGGUCGCUUGA